AUGAGUCCGCCGCCGCCGCCGGAAGCGUACGCAUCUGAAGCGGUGCUCGAGGCCUCCUCGUGUCCGUCGUGCGGCUACCAUCUCCCUCGUCCGGCCGGUCUGUCGAACGACCCCGCCGAAGCUCAUCGUCGCAUCCUCGAUCUCGAAGCGCAGGUCAGAUUACUCAACGCAAAGGCCGCAGCGGCCGUGGACAAACUUGCAGACUAUGAAGAUGAGAUACGAUAUCUCCGCGAUGCCUAUGGUCAGUCACAGCAGCAGCAGCAGCAGGGACAAGUUGGCAGUCCUCCUGCGGAAGGACCAGGGCCAGCGCUGAGCGGUCAACAAAAGCAACAACAGCAGCAGCAGCCGCCGCCGCAGCAAUUGUCUCGUCUCGCGAGUCUGAGCGCCUUGUUUCCAGGCCGCAGGAAAGAGUCAAACUCAGGACAGCCACUGACACCUAACACGGCCACGUUCCCUCAGAACAACGUCACAUACACCAAUAGUGCCCUCUCCCCACCGAAGACGCCUCACUUAUUACAAACAGCACAGUCGGAUUCACAAGUCUUGACACUCUCGUCGCUGCAGUCAUCGCUGGACGAAGAACGGUCGCUACGGCAACGCGCCGAGACGAAUCUGUCAAACGCACAGAGCGAACUCGAAGAGCUGACGGCACAGCUGUUCGGGCAGGCAAACGAGAUGGUUGCGACGGAGCGGAAAGCGCGCGCAAAGCUGGAGGAACGGGUAAAAGUGCUCGAGCAGAGAGAUGUCGAUAAGAGAAAGAGGCUGGAAAGGCUAGAGAAGGCAGUCACUCGGAUCGAGCGGGUAAGAGCCAUGGUUGGACCUUGA